AUGACAAACCUCAAUCAAUGCGUUGCUCGAACCGUGAACACCGGAUUGUUCUACGUGUUUUUGUGCUCUUCCGGGGAUGAUUGCAAUAGUAAUUGCGUUACGACACCUACCACAACGCCAAUUCCUCUUCCUGGAUCAGUUUCUUGCUAUAAUUGUAUCACAUACGAUGGUAGUGACUGUCAAACAAACGUUUGCCAGGGGAAUUUUUGUGUCUACGAGAGAAAAAUUUCCAACAAUCAGCUGACAAUGAAGAAAAGUUGCACGAACACUCCUCUUCUUCUUCUCGACGACGGAACUGUUGUUGACGUAGUUGAUGUGUGCGAAAUCAGGAAUACGGUAACAUCACGAAACUAUGUGAAAAUAUGUAACGACGCGAAUUUCUGCAAUAAUUACUGCAAUGUGGAUGUUACAAUCGAACCACCACAACGACAACCGUCAAUUACUUGUUACGAUUGUGAAUCUUUCGGUGGUGAUUGUUUUACAGGACAAUGUACCGCCCAGUACUGUAUCUACCAACGUCAACGUCGUCAAUCGACUGGUACAAGCUAUGUGAAAAAGUCAUGCACUAAUGUUCCACUUGUUGAAUAUCCGGAUAAUACUGCGUCGACCACGAUAAAUUCAUGUGAAGCACGAACAAUCGACGGUAUUCAAUAUCAAGUCAGGGUAUGCAAUUCCGGGAACAAUUGCAAUGAUGAAUGUCCAAUUCAAGAUGAACAACUAGUCACAUGCUAUCAAUGUGAAGCAACGAAUCAAGCCGAUUGUACUACUGGAUCAUGUCAAGGAAAAUAUUGUUUGUUCAGUGCAGCCCUUGUCCUUUAA